CCAUCCUUUUAAUUUCCUUCCUUCCUUGGUACAUACUAGAAAAACCAUACUCUCUCUUCUUCUCCCUAUAUCUCCGACCUGCAUUCUUCUCUAUUCUCCGGUGAAAUCUGAACGGAAAAUCUCAUCAACCAAUUAAAUCAAAGCAUUUUAUUUUUCUGCGGUUGCUUUGAUUUAAAAGGGUCGAUCACCAUUGCUGAAUCACAAAGCUUUCUCUCAUUGUGUCUGUAACUUGAAGUGUUGCCCUCAUCACUUGUUCUGGGUUGCUUCUGAGAGUUUUAAAGUUUUCAUUUUUAAAACCUAAAGUUUCCUCUUUUAUUAUUAUUUUUAAUUUUAUUCAGUCGAGCAAGAUCUGGGUUUACCUUAGAUUAAGACGACGAUCGUGGGAACUUAGAAAAAAAAAACUGUUUUUGUUUCGAGGUGUGAUUAAUGCUCACAGAGAGCGUCAUUAAGUGUUCGAUGAAAUGCCUCUGAGAGAAUCUCUGUGCGAAGAAGAGGGGUAGUUAGGUGAUUUUAGAAGAAACCAACCAAACAUGUGUAAAACGGACAAGUUUCUUUACCACAGGAAACUCUGGGAGAUGAAGGUUAGGCUUUUAGGAGAGACUAAAGUUGAGAAACUCAGGAGCUCCUUUGUCUCCAGGUCUCGUAUGAGCCUAUGGAUGAUUCGUGCUGUUACCGUAUUGUUGCUCUGGAGCUGUUUCGUUCAUUUGAUGGCUUUGGGAGAGAUGUGGGGGCCGAGGUUGUUCAAAGGCUGGCCUUCUUGCUUCAAUCAACAUGAUCUUUCCACGGUUAUAGAGAUGAGGUCUCUCCCUGCUAAGAUCGCCCUUCCGCCUAAAAGGGUAUACCAGAACAAUGGUUAUCUUAUGGUUUCCUGCAAUGGAGGACUUAAUCAAAUGAGAGCAGCUAUAUGCGAUAUGGUGACUGUUGCAAGAUUCAUGAAUGUCACACUUGUUGUGCCUGAGCUUGACAAGACCUCGUUUUGGAACGAUCCAAGUGAGUUUAAAGACAUAUUUGAUGUGGAUCACUUCAUAACUUCAUUAAGAGAUGAAGUUCGGAUACUUAAAGAGUUGCCUCCAAGGGUUAAGAAAAGAGUUGAGCUUGGAAUGUACCACGCAAUGCCUCCUAUUAGCUGGUCCAACAUGUCUUACUACCAAAAUCAGAUUCUUCCAUUGGUGAAGAAGCACAAGGUCUUACACCUGAAUAAAACGGAUUCAAGACUAGCUAAUAAUGGACUGCCUGUGGAGGUUCAGAAGUUGAGGUGCAGAGUGAAUUUCAAUGGACUUAAGUUCACUCCUCAAAUCGAAGAAUUAGGUAGACGAGUGGUCAAUAUUCUGAGAGAGAAAGGUCCCUUUCUCGUCCUGCAUCUCAGAUACGAGAUGGAUAUGUUGGCAUUUUCCGGUUGCUCACAUGGUUGCAACCCUGAGGAAGAAGAAGAAGAAGAACUAACAAGAAUGAGAUAUGCUUAUCCAUGGUGGAAGGAGAAAGUCAUAAACUCUGAGGUGAAGAGGAAAGAAGGCCUUUGUCCUUUAACUCCUGAGGAAACUGCUCUCACGCUGACUGCAUUGGGCAUUGACCGUAACGUUCAGCUUUACAUAGCUGCUGGUGAAAUCUACGGUGGUGAAAGGCGGAUGAAGGCUUUAACAGACGCUUUUCCAAAUGUGGUCCGGAAAGAAACGCUACUAGAUUCCUCUGAUCUUGAUUUUUGUCGGAACCAUUCAUCUCAAAUGGCUGCACUUGAUUACCUAGUGGCUGUUGAGAGCGAUAUAUUUGUUCCAACUAAUGAUGGGAACAUGGCAAGAGUCGUUGAAGGUCAUCGCAGGUUCUUGGGAUUUAAGAAGACAGUUCAGCUGAAUAGGAAAUUCUUAGUUAAGCUGAUAGAUGAAUUUAUCGAAGGGUUGUUGACUUGGGAUGUGUUCUCGUCCAUGGUGAAGGCAUUUCACUCUACUCGUAUGGGAAGCCCGAAGAGACGGUUAGUGAUUCCCAAUAAACCAAAGGAAGAAGAUUACUUCUAUGCCAACCCGCAAGAGUGUCUGCAGCUGUUAGAUGAACCAUUGAGGGUCAUUUGAAGAAGGUGACUUCACCAUUGGGGAGAGAACGGCUGAAUAUGUGGGUUAAAAGCUCUAGUUUACAGUCUGAAAGAUUAAGUUACAGUGUGUUUUUUACCGAUUUAAGUUACUUAGGGUUCUUGGUGAAUAGAUUUCUGAAAAAGCUUCCAUGGAUGGAGAGGAAAAAAAAUGUUGAUUGAAGCUUUAUCCCCAUUGUAAAGUUUGGCAUCCAUGGCCUUGCCAGUUUUGUUAGCUAAAUAAAAUGUGCCAUUUUAUGUAAAUUAAAGCU